AUGGCUAAUGCUGCUAUUGAUACUGAAUUUUCAGGAGAAGAAUCUCCGGAAUCGUUGUUUAUGAAGGAAUUGAAGAGGAGGGGCAUGAAUCCUACAUCAUUACUUGAGGAUUACAAGCAGGGCAACUCUGGAGUUGACGAAGAGGUGGUUGUGAAUGAACAAGAUAGAGGUCUCCCGAGGAGAAAUGUUGUCUCAACCGAUGUAGAGAGGAGUCUGGAAAAUCAGAGGGAGCGAUCCAUGGCGUUGAACAGUGAAGGUAUUGAGGGGAAGAGGAAUACAGAAACUCGUUUAUAACUUUAACUUGGAGGAGCAUUUUUCUUGGGAUUCAGAUCGUUGAUCCUCAUAACCGUCACAUUCUUUUCAGCUCUUUACUUGUAUUUUGGACCAACUUUUGUCCAUGAUGCAAGUAAGAUGUCACUAUCACCUCCCCAGUAUGUGGAUCCUUAUGCACUCUUAGAAGAUGAAAGGAUAUCUCAGAUAGCACCUCAGCUAAAAUAAAAAGUAGCAUUUUACAUAUUUAGGUUAGGAAUCCCGUUACAGAUAUCAAGUUUCUGUGUACUUUAGCCUUUACUGAUUAGUUUCUUUGUAAAAUAUCACCCUGGAACUUGUUACUUCUUGUGUAUUGUGCAUUCAUCGUUGACUCCAUUUUUUACAGUUACAUUUUUCUUUUUGCAUAUAUGAAUAAUAUAUGAUAUAUAAAUUUGAAAUUUAAAUGAAAGCUCAUCAGGUGAAGCAUUGCUAAAUAUUCUUUAAUUUUCCUUGAAAUGUCCGGAACCUGACAAACAAUGAAGGGUUGACUAAUUUCU